AUGCGCCUCCCAUAUGUCGCCGAUCCGCCGCCCACAAGCACUCCCAAGGAAGCCGAGAUACUCGCUCGAAUACAAGACCGACGCGCUCCUAAUGGCCUUCUACCUCUAGAUCGGGCUCUCUUACACUCGUACCCUAUUGCCGACGGGUGGAAUUCGUUCAUUGGAGCAAUCCGUACUCAGACCAGCCUUAACACUUUGAUCCGUGAGCUGAUCAUUUGUCGCGUGGCUGUGCUCAACGGAGCAUUGUUUGAAUGGGAGCAACAUGAACCUUUGUUGAUCGAGGGAGGUGUGAGCGGUGCUGCAUUGCAGGUAAUUCGUGAUGCUGAAGCCGAUAUCUCGAAGAAUACAAGGGAGAAAAUCUUGAGCCCGAUGGAGGGCGCUGUGCUGAGGUAUACUGAUGCAAUCACCAAAUCCGUGACUGUGCCAGAAGAGGUAUUUCAGGAGGUCAGGGUCCUCUUUAACGACCAAGAAGUGGUUGAGAUUACAACUACUGCGGCGGCAUACAACUGUGUGAGCCGUUUCUUGGUUGCAUUGGAUAUCGGUGAGAGUAAUAAUUAA